AUGGUGACAAAAAAAGAAAAUAAUGUGAAAAGAGAAAUAAAAAACAAUAAUAAAUAUAAAAAUGAAGGCAAACAGAAACAUAAAGAAAAAGAAAGUGAUGAAAAAAUAAUAAAAAAAACUAAUGUAAUGGUCAUAAAGAAAAAAGGAAUGAAUUCAGAAUUGAAAACACUAUGUAGAGAGUUGGUCGAUCUUUUUAUCCCAUACUGUGCCCUUUUCUAUAUAAAAAAGUUAAAAAAUUUAGCUGAUCUAAAUAAAAAAUUAAAAGAGUUAAGCUAUAAAUACACAAUAUGUGUUUAUAUUCAAAAUUUUAAAUUACUAUACAGUAUUACUAGUAACUAUACAAAAUUAUCAUUAACAUUUAUAAUUCAAAAUUUUACCACUUCUUCUGUAGUUAAAUCUACACAUUCAAAAAAUACAAAUUAUAAUUAUAACAAUUUAAAGCCACUACUUAUUUUAAAAAAUUUCAAUAAUUCCAAUUCACAAAUGUCAAAUUAUCUUAUUAUAAUACAAAAUGUAUUGAAAAAUAUUUAUCCAAGCGUAAAUCUCAAAAGUGACUUUUCACAUAAACCUAGACGAGUAAUAUUAUAUUGUUAUAAUAACAAUGAUGAAACUAUAUAUUUUCGUCAAUAUGUAACAAAUUUAAAGAAAAGGUCAUUUAAAAAAAUAUUAAAUGAAGCAUAUAAAAAAGACUUGAGUGGAUAUGAUGACGUAUUUAAUUAUUUGUCGAGUAAAAUUGAUAUUAAUAAUUUUAAAAGUGAAAAAGAAAUGCAAUUGAUAGAAAUAGGACCACGUGUUAGUUACAAGCUUUUUAAAAUUACUGAUCAAGACAAAGAUAUAUACUCGAUGAGGGAUAAAAAGUGA